AUGAAUUAUUCCAUAGAGCAACUGAAAAUGUUUCUUUUGACGCACCAACCAAAUAUGGAUUCGAAGCUGGAGAAAAUUGAUAUCAUGAAUAUGACGAUCCAGCAUCUCAAAAAUAACGGUAACGAACAAAGUAAAGAAGCAGAAAAAGUGGCAUAUUUGGGAUUCAAGCACGGAUUCGAAGCAGCUCAGCGGGCCACUGCAGAAUUCCUCUACAAAUCUCUCGAUUCAUCAGUUUCUGCGCCGCUCGUUGCCACCGUCAAUGCAACAUUAGCUUCAAGAUUUGAUCAGGCACAUGCAUCAUUCGAAUGGCUACGUUUCGUUUAUUCAAAAGGUCAAAAUGGUUAG